CUCACCAAUGCCAUCUCCUUCUGAUUUCGCUAAUGCCAACAUUGACGACGUCGUCAGAGGCCUUACCCAAGACGAGGCAAUCUCUUUACUUAGUGGCGUAGGCUUUUGGCACACGGCGUCAGUUCCUAGAUUGCACGUUCCUGCUAUCAAAGUGUCUGACGGCCCGAAUGGUGUUCGUGGUAACAAAUUCUUUGACGGGACUCCUGCAAAGGCCAUUCCUUCUGCAACUGCUCUUGGUUCUACAUUCGACCCAGACCUCAUUAGGAGUGUGGCUUCCAAGCUUCUAGCGAACGAAGCUAAACUUCGCGCUGCUUCCAUCGUUCUAGGCCCCACUGUAAACAUCCAAAGAUCUCAUAUCAUUCAGAGUUUUGAAUCCUUCUCGGAAGACCCUUACUUGUCUGGUACGAUCGCUGCGGCAUACGUUGGAGGGCUUCAGAGCGAGGGAGUCGGAGCUUGUAUCAAACAUUUUGUUGGAAAUGAUCAAGAGGAUGACAGACAAGGUGUCAGUUCCGAAGUCAGCCCCCGCGCCCUCCGAGAGAUCUACCUCAUGCCAUUCAUGUUGGCCGAAAAGAGCGCUCAGCCUUGGGCUUAUAUGACCGCGUACAACAAAAUAAACGGACUGCACGUCUCAGAGAACCCUUUCAUCUUGGACCAAGUCUUGCGAAAGGAGUGGAAGUCCCAAGCGACUGUCAUGAGUGAUUGGUUCGGCGUGUAUUCCGUUGCAGAUUCGGUCAACGCCGGACUCGAUUUGGAGAUGCCCGGUGUGAACAAGUGGCGUAGUCCAUACCACAUGUCAUGGUCGGUACACUCUCGCAAGAUUACCCUCGAAACUAUCAAAGCUCGUGCGAGAAAGGUACUCGAGUUGGUCCAAAAGUCAGCCAAGGGAGCCCCAGAGAUCUUGGACGGGGAUGGCGAAGAACGCACGGAUGACAAGGAAGAGGAUAAAGUUUUGAUGCGUUCUUUGGCUGCCCAAAGUGUUGUUCUCCUCAAGAACGAGGGAAAGGUCCUCCCAUUGUCCCGCGAUUCUCUCAAGAGCGUUGCUAUCAUUGGAGGGAACGCCAAAGCCGACAUCAUUUCUGGAGGUGGAUCAGCCUCUCUGAACCCAUCCUUUGUCGUCACGCCUUUCGACGGUAUCACGAAAGCUUUGUCAGAGCAAACCGAA